UUCCUCACCAGCUUCGUCUGCCUCUGUGAUCCUCUUAUCUUGUUCAGGGAACCCCUCUUUUAACGACCCUUCCGACCUCUACUAUGCACUUUUCAACUAUUUUCGCCAUCGCUCUGGCCGGCUCGUCCAAGAUAGUCCAAGCUAUCAUAUACAAUCAGCAGGUGGCGGACAUGUAUGACGACCUCGGCAAUACCGGCGUCGGUCCAAUACCUCUCAACAGCAACGGAGGAAUCAACUACAACAACUUCAAAUACGUCACCGUGAACGGCACGCUCCCUCAGCUCACUGGCGUCCUUCCCCAGUCCGGCAGAAACGUCGCGCUCUUGUUAAUGCCGGCGGUGGGCAGCUUCGCCGCGAGCGACCGCUGCUUCGUACUCGAACAAUUUCACUUCGGCUGCACAACUACAAACGUCGAGCCUGCUGCGAACGUGCCUCUGCAAUGUCGGCUGAGCGUCACUGCAUACGGCGCUGAUAAUGGGGUUGUUGGCUCGCAGGAGUUUACCUUCACGCCAAACGGGCUUCUACGAUCGACUAUGGAUCCGGCGAACGUCUCAUUGCCACCUGCGCAGUUGGUACUGGUCGAAGCAACUAUUUUGAAUCUGCCCCCGAACUUGGGCUCCGCGCUCACGGCAGUCCUGUUCGACGACGUAACCUACACCCAGUAUGUGGACAGCUUAAAUUGCGGGUUUUAGGACGGUCCUGGACGCUAGAAUCUGGUCCUGGAUGGACUCCUUGGUGCACGGCGGAUGAUGAACACUAUGAGAUGCAUGUCUUUGUUCCUUGUGGUAACCUUUCGCUUUCGCGCAAUUCCAUUGCGUUUGCGGCUUUACGAAAAUGUUUUAUUUGGCUUUCCUUUUCCUCGAAGCAAUCAACAAUACCAAGCUUGACUUCCUCGAAGCAUUCAGCGCCGGUGUUUGUCACGGAUAGUCAGCUGAAAUGUUGAGGUUGUUGCUCUACCUUGACA